AUGGACCCGUUAACGCCCUACUGCCGCGAGCUGGCCUCGCCAGGCAUCUUCCAAACUGUGCUAUCUGUCCUGAUUAUCCUCGGCAUCCUCUUCUCAUACCUCCCCCAACACAUCCGCAUCAUCUCCCGACGAAGCUCCUUCGGCAUCUCCCCAUACUUCAUACUUCUAGGGGUAACAUCAGGGACAUCAGCCUUUGCCAAUAUACUGGUAUUCCCAUCCACCGCACAAGAUGUCGCCUGCUGCCAGGAGAUCAGCGGGAUCGCCUGUUUCGCAGGGCUACUGGGAGUAUUCCAGGUGGCCAUGCAAUGGCUCUGUUUCUUUUCAAUUCUUUUGCUAUUCGUGAUCUACUUCCCGCGCGCCACAUCCCCCACAGACCCAGUGAGCGUUGUCUCUUCCACCUCCGGUGGACCAACAUACCGCACCGCGCUCGCCAUAACGGGAAUAUGUUUACUGCAUGCGCUAGUCACCAUCGUAAUUUCCCUAUCGUUCAAGCUACGCCAGCCGGCCGCUGUCCAGGCCUGGGCGAACUUCCUCGGUGUCCUAUCUGCGGUGCUUGCGUCGAUCCAGUACUUCCCGCAGAUCUACACUACCUUCCGGCUGCGUUGCGUGGGAAGCUUGAGUAUCCCGAUGAUGUGCAUCCAGACGCCUGGGAGUCUUGUUUGGGCUGGCAGCCUGGCUGCCCGCAAGGGUUGGAGCGGCUGGAGUAUUUGGGGCGUGCUAGUUGUCACGGCCUGCUUGCAGGGUACCUUGUUGACGAUGGCAAUCUAUUUUGAGUACUUCGGGUCGAAAAACAAGCGGGAAGUUGGGCAGCUGGCUGAUGGAAAUGAGGCGCCCAAUGGAUCGGGUGCUGGUGAGAGCGCCCAGCAAGAAUCCGCGCAUGAGGAGCGACCAUCUGAGGAGACGCCGCUGCUUCAGAGCCAGUAA